UAAUAUGUGCUAGGGGAGCAUUAUUUUAUUUUAUUUUUUGCAAGAGUGACAUGUUUUCACUACGUCGCGGAAGGAUCCGAUUUUUCUCAAGCGAGGGUCGACACAUCCGCCCAGUUUUUCCGAUGUUUCAUCCCCCUUUACCUUCUCUCCUUCUCCGAGUUGAAAAUGGAGUUCGAUAAAAGCAGAUGUCCACCAACUUUUUCAGGACAUUUCAUGUCUAUAUCUGUUUGAUUAUUCCCUCUGUGUAAACAUUGAACACAGCCAAUUUCUUUUUUUGUUUGGCUUCGGAUGCCUUUACUGCAGAAUACUCGGACACGUUGACGGAGCCGACGCUGCACAGCGCUUUUUCAAGUGUCGUCCUGGAGCUGAAGUUGGGCGAAUGGAUGCUCGACGUAAAUAACCUGCCAAACGUUUACGUCUACGGCGAUUUCUGCAAUUUCUCUCUCUUUUUUAAGGAUCUAUAAACAUUCGUACAAACCAGGGAUCUGCUGUAUGUUCAUUAAAGGAGGAUGGUGCCGCUGGCUCAUUUGUUGUGGUCGGAUUUUACUUCCAGGGAGGAUAAAAUGAAUCAACGGCUGUCAUCCCUCCUCGCUGCUUUACACUAGUCCCAACCAGCAGAGCUAAGCUAGCUUUCAUUCGGUGUUCGCGGGGACACUCGGUUAGGCAUGCCCCCUCUUUGUACACCGUUUAUCCAACAUCCUUAAUUGGGGUUAUUCGUUUUUUAUGAAUGAAAAUGGUGAUUUUUGUGGUAUUUUAUCCCGCCGUCACCGCGUCGUCGAUGCUAUUGCUAGGAUUUGGAUCCUCGUGAGGAAAAAAUGAGUGAAGAUUCAACAAAUCCAAACAACGAUGACAGUUAUGCGCGUGUGAGAGCAGUGGUCAUGACUCGGGAUGACUCCAGCGGUGGGUGGCUUCCCUUGGGGGGCGGAGGACUUAGCUGUGUCACCGUCUAUAAGGUCAGCCGGGCAGAGGACAACAACAGCACCCACAGUGGAGGCAGUGGAGGAAGUGGGAGCAACCUCAGCCCCUGUAGUUCCAGUCCCAGUCCGAGUCCCACCGCUGUGGAGUUCCACAUCAGGGGCGAAAGACUCAAAGACAAACUGGUGGUGCUGGAAUGUGUUCUGCAGAGAGACCUGGUAUACAAUAAGGUCAACCCCAUCUUCCACCACUGGAGAAUCAACGACAAGAAGUUUGGACUGACGUUCCAGAGCCCUGCUGAUGCUCGCGCCUUCGACCGGGGAAUACGACGGGCCAUUGAGGACAUAAAACAAGUGUGUAGUCCCUUUGGUGAAGAGGACACUCCAGAGGAUGGACUACCGGUGUGUGAUAAACCUCCUUCAUUCUGUACCCCGAUCAAAGAGCCCUUCUCUCCUCUGAGCAAUGUUGUCUCCACCGAGCCAUUCAGGGGCUGCUACGUGCCCCCCCAGCCAUUCGAUGACAACCGCCGGUACCUGCCUCCACAGUCGACUCGCCGAGUCAGUUUUCGCGUGGACGAAGAGAAGAUUGUUCGCAUCAACCCGCGUAAGGAUGUUCUCAUUCGAGGCUACGAGGACUACCGCCACCCUGUUAUGAGCAGACAUGAGGCCGACCGAGAGGACAUGGACUUCACAGCCUCCUUUCACAAACUGGACAGUAAGAAGUGCGAGUAUUUCUUCGACAGCCCCGGCAGCGACUGCCUCUCUGGCACCGGUAUGGGUAUCGGAACGGGCCUCGGGCUGGGGCUGGGCAAGGACCCAGCCAUUAAGACUCAGCCUUCGCCCCUUCCUAAGCCAAAGGGCCGCCGGCGACGAGAGGACGGCGAGCGCUCACGCUGCAUUUACUGUCGAGAGAUGUUCAACCACGAGGACAACUGGCGGGGGCAGUGCCAGGACGCCCCCGACCCAAUCAAGCAGUGCAUCCACAAAGUCAGCUGCAUGCUGUGCGCCGAGAGCAUGCUGUACCACUGUAUGUCCGACUCGGAAGGGGACUUCUCAGACCCCUGCUCAUGCGACACAUCCGACGAACAGUUCUGCCUGCGCUGGCUGGCCCUGUUGGCGCUCUCCUUCAUCGCGCCUUGCAUGUGCUGCUACCUGCCUCUGCGCGCCUGCCACCACUGUGGCGAGGCCUGCCACUGCUGCGGGGGCAAGCACAAGGCCGCAGGGUGAACCUGGCCCCCCUGUACAACGGACUCUGGGACACCCUCAAAGCUAGCUUAAAAAGGCAGUGGAUACAAGCGGAAAAUUACUAGCCGGCAUCCUUUUUUCAUUCCUCUCUAAGAAGGGGUGAUGCGUUGUUGAUCCCCAGCUCUGAGGGCUUUUGGAGAUUUCAGUUUGUGUUUGCCGCCGACAAGCAGCAGUGGAGGACAAACCAUAAUGCUUUGUGGGAGCUCUGAGCAACAAGUUAGGUAAAGGGGCUUAAAGCUGAGGUGGAGAGAAGGGGACAUCAUGAUUAACAGACUGAGAUGUUAAAACACACACACCUGUACACACACACACAGCUCUUUCACAUUCACCCUCAUAAAUUGACAGGGUCGGGCCACAACAUGUAACUCUAUGAAGGAAAAAUGUAUUUUGUACAGACAGCAAGAACUUCAACAUGGAGGACAAAAAAUAAGUGCUUGUUGUUUGAGUAUGCUAAAAGGGAUGAGCUCUUGCUUUUUGUGGAUUUGCAGCUGGGCAAGAGUGGCCUUUUCUUCAUGGUUCAAGGAUUAGCAGACAGUGUAAUUACUAGCCAGCAAAAAGUGCACUAAAUAGCAUUUAUCCCCUGAAAGUAAAGGUAACCUACAAAAAAUCUUGUGGCAUGUCAUUCCCCAUGAUUUACUGCAACUUUAAAGUUUUACAGCCACAAAUCAAUUAGCUUCAUUGUGUUGGUACGGAUUUCCUAACCUGAGGUUAUUUAUACAGUCUGGUUGUAUUCCAUAUUUAAGCAAUUAUUUCCACAUCGAGAAGAGGUAAAAUGGUACCAAACUACCAUGUUGAGGUCCCUGAAAUAGCUUUUCCAGUCUCCACCUCAAAAGAGGCACACAGAAUCCUUCUGACCCAUUUCUUUUAGAACCAUCCCAUUAGAAUCCUACUCCAGAGACAGGUUUUACCUCUCGUAUUUACAGCUGUAGAGAAUUUAUGAUUUUUAUUGUUUCACUUCUUUCCUACUUGCUUACAUUUGUAAUUAGUUUUAAAUUAAAGGUUGAAAUGUUGCUCAACCAGCAAGUUUUUACUUUGGUGAACAAAGGAGUUGGAGCUCCUUGAUUAAAUUACGAGGCACUUAAAUUUAGGAUAUUCUCUGACUGAGAAACCAUUAGACAUUGGAAUAAGUCUACAGGCUAAUUUAACACUCAGAUUAAAGCGGUGCCUUCAGGAGGGGGGACCCCCUCUUCAAAGCACCCCUUUCCAAGCUUUGGUUGCAGCACCGGCUCCACAUUUCUGUUUGUCCUUUUGAAUCUGUUUUUGUGUUCUGUCCUUUCCGAUGCCGUGUCAACCUGGGUCCUGAAUGAAUGCAGGUCUUUACUGCCCCACUGACGGCGUGGUUAUGGUUCGACUCCGAGCAUAAAUGAGCGACGAAAUGAAAGCUGGGUGGAAUCGACGCCAUCUUUGUUCCUCUGUAGCGUGACAGUAACGUUAGUGAUGACUGAGAGCAGCUGGAAGCAGCUUCCUGGUUCUGUCCAUAAUCUGGAAAACAUUUGCAGCAACAUUCUUAAAGAAACUCAGAUUUAUAAACAGGUUGUCGUUUUUAUAAAUUAUAUGUACAUAAAUAAAUAAGGAAUAGACCAGUAAAACACCAUAGAAUCAUAACAGACAAAGCAAAAAUGCACAAUAAUCUAGUUGACUUUGAAUAAUAAUUACUGAUUCCUACUGCUGCUUAAAUAAUACAGCAUAUUGAUUAUUACAGUUAUAAUAAUGUAUAACACAAUUAGAAAUUCAGAAACCUUUUACUUUGUGAUUUGUGUGAUUUCCUUUCUUUCACGAUAAAUUCCCAGAAAAAGUCUCAUAAAAAUACUCCAUGUUACGCCCUGCCAAAAUACAUCUUCUGAUUUCUACACACAGUUGAAAUAUAAAUACGUAAAUACAAGCUGCCUAUGAGCAUGUUCAGGGUGUGCUUUUAGGUAGGUGUGGUUAUAGCUGGACAGAGUCUGGGUCACUGCUUCCAUUCUCUUGGCUCAUUUUAGCUAAUCGGCUGCAGCCUUAAAGACUACAGUCGACCCAGGCCCGACGAGGAAGUACAUAAAUAUUCAGGUUCUCUUGGCAGGCUGUUUCUGCUCAUUACAUGACAGUAGAACAUUGUUUCUCCAUCCAGAAUAACUAGAAUUUAACAUUUAAAGAUCACCUGGGUUGAAACAGAGACUCUAUAAGAGCAACAGUGCAGUUUCCGCGUGUAUUUCUCCCUAAUUUUGAUUUUUCAUUAACACUAACUUUCUUAAUCUCCGGUUUUUCAUAAGACAGGUUUGAUACAUCUGCACCUGGUGAAAAACGCAGAUAGCUUCCCCCCCCCCUCCCCGCGCUACUGCCGGUCCAAACGGGCCUCUUCAGUCUCAACACGUGUUCAGGAGGAUUGUCUGCUCUCCCCGUUUCCAUGCCAACCAAUGCUCCCUUUACUUUCUAUGCAAACUUCUAAACAUGGGAAAUACACUGUCCUCUCUGCAGACAUGAGUAAUUGACGGGACGGGGACACUUUAAUGCUACGUAGGUUCCUGGUCCGACCCCUGGUACCAAACUAAUCUCCUGUAAAUACGUAACACUAUAUUUAAGUACUGACAACAAUCCCAGCUUCUUCUCUUUGGAGUUUAUAAAGAUAGAGCUGUAUUUAUCGUCGCUGUCAGCCUGCACUGUAGCUUCUAAUGACAGCAGUUUGUACAGAGGUCACCUUUUAGUAUUAUUUCACAUUGAAAAGUAGAGGGCUUUGCGGUGGAUAUGACUAUUGAGCAUCUAAUAGAGUCUCUCUCUAGUUUUGUACGGUAGAAGGAAGGGUAGUGCUAACACGGUACAGUAGUGGAGGUCCACUUGUUUUUGACGUUUGCUAUAUAAAUAUAAAUAUAUAUAUAUAUAGAUAUAAAUACACGUAUAAAGCUGCUAGAUACAAUCACUAAGUUUAUUGUGUUGACAGAGAAAUCAGCUAUGAACGACUGUUAAGCCUAACUCUCCAACAGCAUAAACAGUCGUCAUUUUUAAUCGUUUGAUUGCUCUGCGUGACAUGGUCUCGUGUGUGUGUGUGUGUGUGUGUGUGGGUUUCUGGUGGUGUGUGUGUGUGUGUGUGUGUGUGCAUGCAGAGGGGGUUGGUGUGUUAACCAAUUAACCAACCACAUUCGGUUGGUUUUCAUUAUUCUCCCAUUGUAAUCGGGUUGCCCUGCAUUACUGAGGUUUGAUGCACCUGAUUAAAACUUGCUGGCUGAGAAGCAAACAAAAAGGACGUGCAUUUAUACAAAAAGUGUAGAGAAUGCUGACAUAACCCUUCUCAUUUCUGCAUUAACCAGCGCAGUGCAACUUUCUGUCUUGUACUGUAAUAUAUAUGCAACAUGUGUGUGUCUGCUUUAAUAUAUAUUUAUAUAUAUAUAUUAAAUUUUUUUUUGACCUGCAUUAUAUAGACUUCAGUUUUAACCACUUUGCUGCUAGUCUUUUAUCCUCUUUCGAUCUUGGAAAUUGUGCAUAUCUUUGGGAAUGCAUACAGGUGUACAUUCUUGACAUUGUGUAGAUUUUAAAAAAAAGGAAGCUAUAUCAACCUGUUUUCUCUUCAGUGUAUUGUUUAAAGGAAAAAAAAAGAUUACUUUUCACAGCAGUGGGGUGGUUCUGUUUGAUUCUCCGAUGCUUUGGUGCACUGAUAAGAUGUGUGCGCUUUUUUUUUUCUUCCCCCUUUUCAUCUUACAGCGCUUGAUGUAACAUUUGUGAUUAGUUCUAAAUAGUGGAAGACAUUUGUGUUUUUUAAAAACAUGCAGUAUAAAUGGUACUACUCUUAACGAUUCUGUAAACACUGCCUGUUUUUCUUUGGUUCUUUCCCUGUGCAUAUUUUCCGAGCAUUUGUGUCUCCUUUCAGUUUCCUAGUGCCAUUGGCUUUUCGCAUCCUGACAACCUCAAAAAAAAAGUGCCUCACGUCCAUCCUAGUUUCUAUCUUACAGUUUAACGUCACUCAUCCUGGUUUAAUUGGUUUCUACAUGUCUAGGUAUUAUCAUGGUUUGAGAAUACCAAGUAUCUGAUGUAAAAUUUAGAGAACCAAUAACUCGUCAUAGUUGUAUUUUCUUUAUACAGAUGUAGCUUGUUACUUUUCAUAAAUAUAUAAUGUAAAUAUGCAUACAUAUGUUUGUAACUGUUUUUAUGUUACAUGAUACACUUGUAAUUUGACAUAUCAAAUAACAUUAUCAUAAUAAAAUGGUGAAUUUUAA